AUGGAGUCCCUGGAUGAAUUUGACAACGAGUAUCCACUCAUCAUAUCUUUCUGUAAGCGGAUCUCCCCCUCGGAUUUUGAGAAACAAUCCUUGAGUUACACGCAGAAAUCACUGCAGGAUCUUUAUACCCAAAUGGAGCAGAAUCCCAGAAUCUGUGAGAGGAUCCUGCGAAAGAGGAAGCAGGUGGAGAACGAAGAAGCUGGUUUGGUGCAGUAUCUGAAGGCCAAGUUCUUUGCCACGCUUCAGGGAGACAUGAAUUACAGCAACUUGAUGGAGGAAAUGGAAAUGGGAGAAAAGGUGGAGCAACUAAAGCGUGAGAUGCAGAAGGCCAGUGACUAUGCUUUCGCUGCCAAAAGCAUGCCAUGGCAGGAGCUGGAGAGGAGGACUAGGAAGAAUGUUCUGUCGGGAGGGUUCAGCCCCAGCCAGACCAGUCUUGUGGACCCGCGCAUUUCAGCUAUGCCCAGAAUCUUUGGUUCUUUUCCAAAGCAGAUGGAGAGACCCCUGGAUUCCAGCACGGACUUGAAGCAGCUCUGGGCUGGCAUGUCUUCAGUCAAUCAGAAGAGCAUAGUCGACCUGCGGCCCUUCAUGCUGAACCCUGGUGGUUUCCGUCCCACAUAUCUCGGUAGCAACUCCUUCAGUAGACUGAAAUACUCCAGCUUUCCAAGGACUCCCGUCAACAGCCCUACUUCAUCUUCCCAGAGUGCUGACCCAUCCAGCAGUGGCUCAGUUUUCAACACUCCUAUACUGGCCAAGUUCAGAGACAACAAAGAUGGCGAGAAGGAUAAUGAAAACCUGGGCCCCGGUUCUCACUGUAUGGAGCCCUAAAUGCCUUUUCGUGUAUGGGAAGAUCCUAACUGCAUUAAA